UCAGACACGAUAGAACAAAAGGUGCAAUAGGCAGUCAGGUGCAGGAGACGGCCACACCCACACACUAUCCCACUGCUGCGCCUUGUUAAACUAACAGUAUGCAUAGGAGCAGCCGCCUGUGCACUUCUAGGUUUCAUCCUGUCGCACACGCAAGUUAAUAUGCACCGGGCACCAUCAGCAGGAUGACCCGUCAAACGGCGUGAGGACAGAUGGAAGGAGCCUUAAACGUAACCGGGGAGGAAGAGCCAGGCCAUGGGCUGUGGAACUGGGACUAUCUGAUCACCUGCUUCGCUCAGGAGAGAGUUUGCGUGUCUUUUGGGUUGUGGCUCCUGUCCUUCCUGUUCUGGUUCACGUCUAGCAUCCUACAUUUUUACUUGCGAUGCAAACGAAAGUCCAGCUAUGAGGAAUCUGUGUUUUGGGAUAUUUAUGCCUUUUUUGGCUCCAUGUGUAAUACCAUUGGGGCCCUUCUAUCAAAGCAGCUCACUAUCCAGGUGAUCACUGGAGGUUUUACAGCAUUAGCUGACAUUAUACAUUUUAUACUGACUCUCUUCCCUGUCUGUUCCUCCACUUACAGGGUGCGAUCUGGUCACAGAAAGUUCAGCGCUAGAAGAAAGCACAGGGCCUCCUUGUCUGCUUUGUGUCUCCUAAUCUUUAUGGGCGUUGGAUAUUCCUCUCUGAGAUCCUGUGCAAAUUUACCUGUGCAAGUACCUCACACACCCCAGAGAAGACUGCUUGGGACGGUUCUUCAGGAGAGUACGGAUAUUGUGGGAUUUACACUUGGGAUCAUAGCUGUCUUUGUUGCCUGGACAGUCCGGGUACCUGUCAUCACAAAAGUGUGCAGAGGGAUGAUAUUCUCAGUAAUUCAGAUCUGGGCUGUCUUGUUCUCGGCUGUGGCAAGUCUGUUGUACGCAGCUGCCAUCAUGUCACAUGAUCGACACCCUGAGUAUUUUGUGAAGGCAAUUCCUUGGUUCCUCAUAUCCUUGGGAGCUGCUGCCCUAGAUGUUGCUCUCACAUUUUUGUCUUGUAUGAUGAAAAAUAAACUGGUUCGUCAGAUGGGAUUUGUAGUAGAAGCCAUGGGCACCACAGACACCUGUGAGCUUCUGACUCAUGAUGAUGAUGAUGAUGAGGUGACAACAAAAGAUGGUCACAAGGUGCCAGAGGAACAAGAGAAAUCCAGCUGGAUGCCAUUGCAUAUGGUCGCAAAUGAUAGAGCCGUAUGCAACAAGACACCACUAGCACGUUACGUGAGACUAAGCAUUGAACAAGUGCAAGAGGCAGGUUUUGGAGAAGUGAGGCUGCCUGGUGAUGGGCAGACUAAUGUUGGGAGCAUUUCUACCAAGGAGCCUUUCCAGUAUAUAGACUUAGCUAUGUAUCCUCCAGCUCAGGUUUACCAUGGCAAGGUGUGCUCCAGUACUUCUGGCUCUGAGAUGUCUUCUAGUAACACUGAAUUAGAGUGGGACUUUGAAGAUCUGACUUCUGAUUGGAAAAAGAAUGCUGGCAUCUUGUACAUUGCCCCUAAUGACAGUUGUGUUAUGAAUGGUUAUGGUAAAGAAAACUAGCUCAAAUAUGUUAAAGAAACCCAUGGAAACACCUCUAUCUAAAAGACAGUUUUUUUGGCCUUAAUAAACCAUUAAUAACUGAAAAGUUGUGAAGAAAAAAAUAUUUCCCUAAUAAUAUUACCAGAGAAAAGCUACCGAGUUGUCCCAUGCCAUUUUCUUGACCAAUGAGUGUCCGUAGAGAAGAGAAGAAAACCAUUAAUGUAUUUUUUCAUUCAAAACUGUUCAAGCUGUAAACCAUUAAGUAACAUAAUGGUGUGAUUUUGGAGUUUGCAUUGUAAUAAGCCAUGUGAUGCAAAUGGCACAGCUGCUCAUGAUUCUUUUAUGACAUUGCAAAUGUGCUCUCUUGGGAUUUUUGUCUGGAAAUUCCUUUUUGAAUAAACCAAAUAUAAAUGGUUA